AUGCCUGGGACUUCGACCAUGCGAUUCUUUAGAACUGUUACAAAUGUUGAAGACGAGUACGUGUACUAUCAUUCCUCUCCCUCUUCAUAUAUACAUUCUCAUUGUGUUCCAGUUGAGAAGGGGGCAUUUGCGAAGGAGGAUUUGGCUAUGAUUGCGGGCAGGCUGUGGUUUGACAUGGCCGGGAUGCCUCUGACUUACCACGCAGAGUACGUCCCAUCUAAAUUGAACUUGGCUGAUGGCCCGUCGAGGAAUGACGCGUCGCUUCUGGAAUUGUGCAUUGGCCGGAGUUUCAUGGCGAUUUAG